AUGUUCUCAGCACCUCGGUCUCAUCUGGUGUCCCCGCUCACCCUCCCGCAAAUCGUCUGCCCCGACCGUGCUCAACCCGGCACAUUCUUUAUCCCCUCCCACCCGCUCACAGGCCGCGAUGACGCCCCCGUCCAAGAAGGUGUCAAAUCAUUGACUCUCGAAAGAGCCCGCCGCAAGGCUCACCGCCGUGAGGAGAAUGGCAACUUCUCGCCCCCGCCGGCCGCCCUCCUGCGAAACGCCCGCCACAUCGGCGAUACGAAGUUCAAGAAGAUCGCGCUCGACUGGGAUGAGCAGCCCCUCACACGUACCGGCUUCACCGGCCGGUGUGGACAGCGUGAUGAGACUGAGUACUCUCUCGACGACCUGAUCGAGCCCAAGGCGAAGGAGGGAGGCUUCAAACUUAUUGAUUGGGAUGGAAGAGAGACCUGCGGCUUAGCGGCUCAGGACGGGCGCGUCUUCGGGGUCCUCGCCGGGCAGCCAAACGACAAGGACUGGACGAAGGUCCACGAGACCCUUGCAGACGAGAUAGCCAGAAGCGUCCGCUUUCGUCAGGAGUCGUGCGAUCAUCGCCGGGGGCAGUUUGGGGCGGAAGCGCAGGGUACGUCGCACGGCGGCGGUCAAACGCCCUACGUGCGCGCACUAAUGCUGUUUAGGUCGUACCUCAAGGAACAUGGCGUUGCUGCCUUUCGAUCGAGCUUCAUAUCUUGCUCAUCGCCGGAUGCCCGUGCGACUAUCCCCCACGGAAAACUUCUGGAGGAUUGGGACGAUGACGAACUGCAGCGUCUAAUUGAGAGUGAGGACGAUGUCAACGAGCGCGAUGACGACAAUAUUCUAUACAUGCAAGUAUUUGCGCCUGCGACGAACGCGCGCACCCCACGGUGUGAGCCAUUGAAUAUCGGCCUGUCCGUCGUUCUCGUGAAGGAAGGACCCCACGCGGGCAUAUACGCCGACAAGUACGAGGGUGCAAACAGCGAGAGAACUCUCACAGUCCCACUGGGCGCCAUCGGCCAGUCGCUCACCAACGCAGCGGAAGGGCAGCACGCCUGGGAGAAGAUCUGCGUCACCUCGCACAUCCACAUGACUCCCCCCGAGCUCAACGACGAGGACUUCACCGUCCACGCGUGGUGUGUUUGGCGCGCCUGGGCGAAUGGGCAGGAAGGGGCGGUGUUUGUGCGGUUCAACGAAGAGGAGCUUCUCCUCCGUCUCGAGGUGCUUAGACGAGAUACUGCGGAGGAGCGAGAGCGCGUCGAGGCGCGCAGGCGUGCACGCACUGCACGUCUCCCGGCGCCUGAGCCCGCCACCGCCCCAGCUCCCGCCCCCGCUCCCGCUCCCGCCCCCGCUCCCGCUCCCGCUCCCGCUCCCGCCCUCGCGUCAGCCCCCGCCUCCGCUCCCGCUCCUCGGCGUGCGCCCUCCUCUUCUGCACGCGCUCUCGACAGCUCAUAUCGCGUACAACCCACCCCCCCCUCCUUCGACAACGGCGACGCCUCAGAUUCAUGGGAGGUCGAGGGGUGGGACCGGUUCGAGGAGGAGGGGGAGGUCAUUGCCCGAUCCUCAAGGCCGUCGUCCUCGCGAGCCGCGUCUCUAUCGCCGGUCAAGACGCGACAUACUGCGGGCUCGUCGGGCAGGGACAGAGGCGCAAUGAACGUGGGCUCUAGCUCAGAGGAUGAGAGGCUGGUGCAAGUUGCGGAGGGGUCGACCAAGCCGCGCCAGCACUCAGUGCCGCCCAAGGCCGCGGCUUCAUUCCGCAUCAUGCCGUAUAGGACCAGCCCCUCACAAUCACCUAUACCAUUCAGGCCUUACACCCCGUCCUCAACCCCCGCGUCUUCUUCCUCCAGUGCAAGCACGUCUGCAAAGCUUAAGACCGUCUCGUUUGCUACGGAGUCAAGCGCAGGUGCCAGCAACAGCUCCCCUGACCCUCGCUUCCCCUCCCCGCAGAAGCGUCCGCAGCGAGCCUCCCGCCAUGGGAAGCACCGCGCGCGAACGCCUUCACCACCGCUGUCGUCUGCUGCAGGCUUGGCGGUCCAGCAAAACGACGCCAAUGCGGCUUCUCCGCCCUCGCGCACGUGGUGGAAGGUGGUCUGUUCGAAUGACGGGUCGGUGAGGCUUUAUGCCAGCCUCGAAGCGGAGGAGGCUGAGAAGGAGGAGAGGAAGUCGAAGGCGGAGGGAGGCUCAGAGGACGAGAGCAGUUCCACUUCGGACAGCGGGUCAGAGGGCGGUGCCGGCGUGGGCAGUGGUGCCGCCGUUCGAAGUAGGAAUACGAGGCGGAAUCGGAGGUUGGCUGACGAACGAUCCUUGCAUGAACGACGCAACCCCGUCUUGGGACAUGCGACAAAAUGGCGGGAUGUAUCAGAUAUGCACCACCCCGCUUGCCUGGCCUCUUUACUGUGUGCCAUCCUGGAGCGGACAGUACACCUUCGGCUUCAUGCCGAGAAAGUGACUCACUACACUAGGCGACGUAUUAGCCUGGUGACCAAUCCCUCCGACUGCCGGCGGUCUGCUGUGGUCGGAUGGGCCGGCUUCCGGUCUAGCGGCGUAUACGACAUGCCGGGGACAUGGUACGGAUAUUCGUACGGGCGCGAGGCCUACAAGGAUCUGUCGGAAGAGAAGAAACGUGCACGUCUCACCUUGAUGCGCAAAGCCCUGGUUGUUGAUGAAGACGACGUCAGCGGCUUCCAUGCAACGUUGAACAUGGAUUCCGCUGAAGAUCUCUGCGUGCUCAAUUAUCAAAGGCCCGAACAACGCGCCGGCCUGCUGGCAUCGCUGGCGUGCAGCUUGCGCUAA